AUUUCUCGUGUCUGCGCGGCCACGAAAUAUCCUCUAUUUAUUCCUCGAGUAAUUAAAGACUAAGGGUGCGUUUCUUUAAAAAAAUCCAAAUCCGGAUUCUUGAAUCCAAAAACGGAUUUUGCGUUUCUUUAAUAAAAUCUGAAAAUGGAUUUUGAAUCUAUAGAAUCCACACUCCGAGUGGAUUCAUUAGAUCAAAUCUAAAUCCGGAUUUUUAGGAUUCAUGAUCCGUGCGUUUCUUUAUUGCACGGAUACAAAAAGCAGUACGUUUGGCAAGCGGUCGUCUUCUUAAAAUCCGCCACAUUCCCGCCAUUUUGUUGUAAAUAUUAGCUGCUGCCGGCCAUGGCGAAUAAACAAGGUGAGUUUUUUGUGUAGUUUCACCGAAAUUUUCCGUCCUGUACGUAUUUUUAUAAAUUUUCCGGAUGUUUGAUGCGUCUUGGCAUCUUUUAUUUCUAUCUACAGGACAAUAUUGGACGCACAGUUUAUCUGCAGGUGAAUAUCCAGAAUAUCAGUGGAACAAAAGCCACGUUCAACCGGGCAUCCAACCUUAUCUUCCUCAGUUCAUGUUUCCACCACCGCAGGCAUCACAGUUCAGCCAUGAAACAGUCAGAUCAGUAUCACCUCAGCCUGGUCCAAGUUUUUCUUCUUUGGAAACAGCUGCAGCCACGUUCAGUCAGUCGAGUGAAGGCACCGAAGUCGAAUCGAGAGCUCUUGUACGCUGGUCUAGAGCUGAUGUGCUGUUGUUAAUUUCCUGCUAUGUCGAACGCAGAGAACGAUUUAAAGAUAUAAACAAAAAGAACAAGUCCCUGUGGGAAGAAAUCAGCGAAGAAUUAAAGAAGAACGGAGUGUUCUUUAAUGCCAAGGCGUGUGAGACGAAAUUGAAAAAUCUGAAGAGAAGUUAUGUUGCUUGUGUUGAUCACAACAAAGUCAGCGGAAAUGACCGAAAGAAAUGCAACUUCUAUGACGAACUUCACGAAAUAUUUUCGAAAGAUGAUGCCAUCGCUCCAAAAACAUUGUGCAGCAACAUUGAUGGUAAACGGAGCAAAGAUGCAGUCAAGAGUGUUAAAAAUUCCAGUUCCACAUUGAGUUCCACAGGUAGUGACACAGAGGAGCCUGUGGUUACAAAAGCAAAGAAAAAGAAGUUACCAGAGCGGAAGAAAAGAGAAGACCUCGUUGGGCUCUUUAAGGAAUUUACACAAGACAGGAAAGAGGAAGAAAAGGAAAAGAUUAAAAAGUUUGAAAAUAUGCACAAUGAACGCAUGGCACUCAUGGGCCGAUUUUUGAAUGUUUUUGAAAAAUCAUUGAACAAAGAGUAACCUUGAUUCCAUAAUUUUUUAUUGUGUUGCAGAACAUGGGAUUAUUUGACCACAAACAUGAACAUAGAUACAGUAAACCUGAGUUUGUUGUCAGUAUUGAGUUAUCUAAAAGUUUAUUAUAUCAUACAUGUUAACAGUAUUAUUGCAAGUUGUAUGUUUUUUUUAUCACAUACAUACAAGGAACUACAACAGCAACAUUAGGUGAGAGGGCCUAACUAAACUGGUUUUGAUAUUAUUUAUAUCCUUUACUUUUUUUAGCCUGAUUCUCAGAUGCUUCAGAUCACUUGUGUCACGCACUUCCUCCUUUCUGUGCGUGAUACAAGCAACCUGGACUGUCAGAGUAUUAGGCUGUUACAUUUGUGUUGAAAGUUUACAUUUCAAGCAACACCAUAAAUGUUUCAGGUAGUAUAAAGUGAUCCAUGUACAUGGCUCUACUAUUUUCUUAUAUACUUUUAAAAACAAAUAAAAUAUUGAUAUUUAUAGCAAAAAGACUAUUAUACAGUAUAAACUUUAUGAAUGACAUACACCACCUAUGAAAGAAGUGUUCAUGAAAACACCACAGUACAAAAGGUAUCAAUACAUAAACCACUUAUAAAUGCUAGGUUUAUGGGAUCAGUCUCAUUAUCAUGUUUCUCUUAUCAACUGCUCCUACACCUGGUGGAAAGAUGUCAUCAUCAUUGUCAUCAUUGUCAUCAUCAUCAUUAGAGUCAUCUAAAAAAUCAUCGAUGUCAUCUUCAAUAAUGCAAAUGUUGUGUAAGAUGCAAGAGGAUACAAUAAUUUCCGGUAUGUCCUCAAUUUUGUCAACAUCCAUCAUUGUUUUUAGCUUCCUAAACCUGUUCUUAAAAAGCCCUAUGGACCCCUCAACCACCAUUCUGGUGGAACUGUGGGCAGUAUUGUAACGUCUUUGUUGAGCAGUCAAACGUCCGUUGUCUCGAAAUGGGGUCAACAGCCACCUCUUCAAGGGAUAUGCUGCGUCUCCCAAAAUGUGGGAGUUGCCAGGAAAAUAAUUGUCUGGGUUCACUUCAACUUCUCGGCAGAUCGGAGAAUUACGAAACACGCGAGCAUCGUGUACUGAACCAGGGUAACCACAGAAAACAUCGGUUAUGAAUAAAUCCGGGUCACCACUAGGCCUUGAAUUUUGGAAAAUUAUUACUUUAAUUUAUAAAACUGCUUUUCUGCUGAAGAUAAUAGAAGUGAGACAAGCUGCGAAACACGCACUUAGGAAACUUUUUCCGUUUAUCGACUUAGCUAACGUUUCAGAAAUGUGCAUUGCAUCGCUGACCGAUAAGCCAGUAGUAAAAAACAAAUUCCAGACAUCAUCGUCAUUGUGAUAUUAGAUUUCAAAUAUGUCCCUACGUUCUCUCCUUCUAUCAGCAGUAAGAAGAAAUCUAGACUCUUCAUCGGCCCCGGUUGUUCAAAAGGUAGAUAGAGCUAUUAUUAGCUAUCCACUGAAUACUCUGUAUCAAGUGGAUAACGCAAUUGGUUGGAUUAACACGUGAUUCACUGGCGAGAGAUAAUGGAUAGCUAAACUUGUCAACGACUGGGGCCAGUCUACAAAAGCACUUGUUCUAAAGAUGAUUAAAAAAUUCCAUCGUUGUAACACGAACCACCCCGUUGAUAAUUUAUGUGAGUACGUACUUAGCCUCCCACGCAGGCGUUUUUAGGGGAGCUCGUAUUUCUUACCUCCCCACAAGGGAGGGAAGAAAUACGAGCUCCCCUAAAAACGCCUGCGUGGGAGGCUAGUACGUACUGGGUCAAGAGCCUUCUUUUUGAAUAACGAAAUUCCCCAGUUUUGCUGACGUAUUACCCACUUUCUACGAAAGAUUAUCACUCCUUCGAUGAACUGGGGCGGUUCAUCAACAGACGGUAUGUUAUGUAUGAGUACCGGGUUUAGUACGUACCUUGCAUUUGAAUAACGAAACUCCCUUAAAUCGAUGAAUUGCGGCGGUUCAUCAAAGGACAACUUUCAAGGGUUUAAAAUACCUCGUAUUGAUCAGAGUAUCGCGAUCAAGAGAUCAAGAGCUUGAACUAUUCUCCUGCAUCAAUAAUAAAUAUUGUAGAAGAAUACAUCCACCUGGAUUUGAACAAGUUGAAAUUCUAAGACAGAUCUACCAAGUUCCAGAAGUUUACGCUCGUCGACUGACAACACUGAGCCCAGAGGUGACAAACUGAUCAGCUUGAAUAGGUAGGUUAAACAUUGUUCAGAAAUCGACUGUAAGCUUUCGUGCACUCCUUAAACUUAAAGAUUCAUUCAUUCAUUCAUUUUUGUCAUUAACCACACAUAAAUACAACAAUAUACAAGAAAUUUAUAAUACAUUAAAGAUAAUAUACACUAUUCUAACGAAAUUAUUUACAAAAUUAAAUUUUUAAAGUGGUAAUGACAAGGAAGCCUAAAUAGAAGCCGGAGGCUUAUAUACUAUAUUCUUCCUGCAACUAUAGGGUAAACCAUGGGAGUUUAAGGGUGCUGAAUGAAACAUGGAUUAAUUUUUAAAAGAAAAGGUAUGUAGCUCAAAUAAAUAUAUUUUACUGAGAAAGAAGGCCUAAAAACGGAGCUCUAAUGGAAAAAACAGCAAACGCCAACCGUAACAUUUUCCUGCUAAUUCCAGUUGAGUUCCCCUUUUUCUGAGAUCGUCUGGAUCGUGGCGUCAAAACUUCCCAGAAAUACGAUGGUUGUAUCCAACAUGUUAAGACCUCGUUAUUAAGGGGAAAACAGGUCUCGGUAAAAAAGGAUCACCCGCUUAACUGAGCUACCUUGGGCGAGCCAACUUUUUAUACAUUUCAUUACAAAACGUGGUGUACCAUUAACAUGAGAAAUAGAAACUUGGCUUGGCUAAAAGGAUGACCCAACUUUUCUCCAUACAGCAAUUUCGAGAAAGGUUAUCAGAAAAAGUACACGCGACGAUCCCGAAAGGUAUAUUGUGGGUGGUUUUGAGUUCACUGUUCUUCAAAAAAAUUUGGAAGAAUGGCACGAGAGGCUGUAGACGUAUGUUUGCUAAUGCUAAAGGGAAGCACCAAUGGAAGAUUCGACAGCUACAGGGUCAAGAACAGCGUAUUGAUCAUAUCCCAAAUUACCGUUCGGGAUUGUCGCGAGCACAUUUUUCUGUUAACCUUUCUCGAAAUAGCUGUAUUGACACGUUGGCUUGCCCACCUGGGUCGACUCUGUCAAGGCGAGAAAAUCAUGCAGAGCAUGCGUGAAAACUUUAUCCUCAUAUAAACGCUCGCUGAAGUUGACUGGACUGGGACUGUGACCCUCUCCUUCACAUACCGUAAAACGGGGUCUAAGUAACCCCAAAUUCAAUUGUUGGAAAUGUAGUACCACAACACUAUUCACUCACUUCAGAUUGUUUAAUUAAAAGUCACAGUAAAAAAGUCACACCCAUAACCGUCCCGAAAGCUGCUCUAGUCUCAAGUGAAGCGAAGAAUCUAUAUAUUGAAUACAUAUACUGUUGAAAAAUCUAAAGUUACCAAUCAUUUUGAUUGACGUCUUUGGUACCUGAUUAUCUCCAAAAUAGCUAAAUGAUCGAUAUGAUAAAAUUGUCCAGUACUAAAAUUGUCACACUCGUAAUAUUUCUAACAUUCUCCCCCCAUUUGUCUCGAAGAGAGCAAAUGUUCGUCGAUAAAUGAAGUUAUUCUCUAAAAAACAACGAAACUAAAAUGAUUGUAUAAAAGUUCUGACUAAAAACGUUCACUUAAUUGAUAACAGCCCCAGUAGCAAGUUCUCAGAUUAACAAGGUGAUCGUUCAAAGUCUUCUUCAGCAUCGGCAGCCACAGCUGCAAUACGGUCUCUGGCUUCUUGCGCAGCACGCCUUGUCUGUUUUGGGGUAAAUGCUUCGGCGUCAGGGUUCAGCUGGCUCUUGGAUCUCCCUGUAUCCCGAUCACAUGCCAACUCGAGGGGGUACAGCUGUUGUAAAGCUCGCUCGAGGUACGAGUUCCCGGCUCGCAGCUUUGCCGCCCUUACAACUCCAUCACGGCCAACUAUGAGUUCGUAAACAAUCCCCAUCUUCCAUUUUCCUCGGUUCCUCUCGUCUUCUUUGAUCAGCAUCACGUCACCGACAGCUAUGGUAGUAGGUGCACCUGAGUGUUUAAGGAAAUGUCGCUCACAAAGUCCCUUUAAGUACUCAUCGGUCCAACGCUUCCACAUCACAUCCUUGCAGCGUUUGAGGUACCUGGCACGUUUUCGCAAGUCUGGGGUUUCUAAAUGAUGACACUCCAGCCCAGGCAGUGGAUUGGGUUGUCCGAAAAGCAAUAAAUUUGGUGUUAAUACUGGAAAUUGAAGGUCGUCCUCAACAUAGCUCAGCGGACGGUUGUUCAGCGUCACUUCUACGUCAAGUAUAACAUCCUGUAGUUCUGCCCACGUCAGCAUUCCUGAACCGAUGGUCUUGUGAAGUGCUCUUUUAACCAGUCCUAUUAAACGCUCGAAUUGACCACCCCACCAGGGAGCUCUACUUAAAUUGAACUUCCACUUGAUCCCGUUGUGCGCCAGGUAGUCGUGAAACGUCUCGUCGCUCAUGAUGGUCUUCAGUAGCCUAGCUGCACCGACGAAAGUUCUCCCAUUGUCAGAAUAGAAAGUCUCUGGGCGCCCUCGACGUGCUAUAAACCUCUUUAAACUGCUCAUGAAUUCUUUGGUCUCCAUGUUUAGUAACAACUCUAGGUAGAUCCCUUGGGUUAGGCUACAUGCGUAGAGCACGAUGUACGCCUUGGCUUCGUUGUUCUUUCCCUUCCGAUACUUCAAAGGUCCGGCGAAGUCAACACCAACCAAUUGAAACGCUGCCGUUCUUUAAGCCCCAAGAUCUACAUACAGAUUCUCUACACUGAUGUUCAUACAUUUCUUUUAAGAAUAGUGGAGAGAAUUUGGUUGAAGAUCAAAGUAUUCUCCCUUUGGUAAUCAAUUUAGUAAUUCUCAUAACCUUUACGCGAUGAUCUGCUGAUGUUGUUGGGAGAAAAUUUAUGUUGGUCACUCUUGGGACCUAAAAGAUUAAAAAAAGACGUCCCUAGGACAGACGGCCGUAUUCGCAGGCUAGCUAAGUUCGAAAUGUCAGCUUUUGAAUCUUUUUUUUUUGUCGGUGAUAAAUUUAUUUUGAUAGCUCAGUUAAUACUGAAAAUCAAAUUUUGUGUUUGACUCCCCACCGACACCGCGCCACAGUUCCUUUUGAUGCAACUAAGGGCGCGUUCCGCUGGAAUGGCCCGGAACAGGCUCAGUAAUCGGAUCGAUCGGAUUAUAGCACAUCAAAGGAGACGAUAAAUUAAUCCUUUUGAAAGACUUUCAUUGGUUCAUUUGAUUUACCAUGAUCGAAGAAUGAAGAAUGAAUUGAAUGAAGAGUUCAAGCGGCUGUAAGUGGAGUGGCCGUAAAGCGAUUAGUUUCGACCGAAAUCUGGUUUUGAUUUUAAGAUAUUCGAUUGAAAAAUGCUCUUUCUUCCUAGAUUUGUUCUUGUUGUUGUUGAAUAUGUUUUGACGAAAUGAAUGUUGCUGUGAUUUGCAGUUUUCAAUGGAGAAUUAUCACGGUUAGGAAGGAACUUUGAGAAGUUACAGUCCGUUCUGUACUAGGAAGCCAAUUUUAAAAAGUCUCUGAAUAUGCGAUUGCGAGCGGCUGGUAAAGAGGUAGACGGAGAGUGAUUAAAACGUUUGUAAAUAGGCACAAAGUCGACACGGAGGUAUAAAGGUUCCCCAAUGGGUUUUUCGGGAUCCGUGUGGUUUCGUUGCGUUGCGUUACCUUAUUCUAAAAUUUCUGCGAGUGAAUCUAUUCCUGUAGGGGCAUGAACUUGCUAAUUGGUUUCUUUUGUUCAGAGUACAUAUAUAAGUGUUUUUUACAAAUGAUAAAAAUUUUUUUCUUGGAGGCACAGAUUUCAAUUUUUGCUAGCCUUGUCAUAUGGUUUACAAUUCCUGAGUACUUUCCCCUGCACGUGAAAGGAUCUGUAGGCAUCUUUGAGGGUCCACACCUGUGUGGACAGUUCCGUCUCGUUUCUUCGGUUCGCGUGUCGGAAGGAUCUCAAGUGAUUUCUGUACUGUUCUUUGAAGUUAGUUGCUACUGAGUCCAAUGUAUGAUUCUGUUGUUGUUCCAGUCGUUACAGUCGCUUGGUAAAUCAAGUCUGACUGUUUUGUCUGAGGCAAUUACCGUCAAGAAACCGGAAUACCCUCUUGAAAGUAAUUGCCUGCAACCGACUAUUAAACUUCAAAGAACGGUGCAGAAAUCACUUGACAUUGGACAUAGGACAUAGGACAGUUUAUUAUUAGGCUUCAUGAAUGGCUUGUAGCACCCGUUUGUGAGGUUGAAGGUCACAUCAAGAAAGUUGACGACCUUUUUGUUGAUGUGACCUUCAACCUCACAAACGGGUGCUACAAGCCAUUCAUGAAGCCUAAUAAUAAACUGUCCUACCAACAGAGCAACCACCCCCCAGCACUACUAAAGAAUAUCCCACUCAACAUUAACAAAAGGUUGACUAGCAUCUCAUCCAGCAAAGAAGUAUUUGACGAAUCUAUUGCCCCUUACCAGAAAGCUCUAACAGAAAGCGGAUACGACCACAAGUUAGCAUACAACCCCCCACAAGAGAAAGCUCCGAAAAACAAAAGAAAACGAACAAGAAACAUCACAUGGUACAACCCUCCUUUCAACUCAAACGUCAGAACUAACCUUGGAAGAAAAUUUCUGCACAUCGUCGACAAAUGCUUUCCAAAAAACCACCCACUCCACAAGAUUUUCAACAGACACACGCUAAAACUAAGCUACUCAUGCAUGCCUAACAUGAAAUCUGUCAUCUCGUCACACAACAAGUACGUUCUUUCAAAUUUCAACUCACCAACGCAACAACCUGACACCUGCAAUUGCAGAAAGAAACCAGAUUGUCCACUCGAAGGAAAAUGCCUCCAAUCAAAUGUAAUCUACCAAGCCACUGUAACUACAGCGACGACAACUGAAACUUACGUCGGACUGGCAACAAACUUUAAGGAACGUUACAGAAACCAUCAGUCCUCCUUUCGACGCUCGAACAGAAGAAAUGAAACGGAACUAUCAAAAUAUAUUUGGACUUUACAAGACUCUAACAAACCUUUCCAGAUAAAAUGGAAAGUUUUAAAGAAAUGUAAAGCCUAUAGCAACAUUAGCAAAAAAUGUAAUCUUUGUCUUUAUGAAAAGGUUAUCAUCAUUUGUAAAAAAGAGCUUUGUAGCCUAAACAGGCGAAACGAACUAGCGAGUUCAUGCCCCCACAGAAACAGAUAUGUACUUCAGAACUCUAGAGUAACGUAACUAAGACACAAUCCAUCUGUUACCUAGAUACUAUCUCUUAACGCAUCCCUAUAUUUACUGCCAGCUUUUAAUUUUAACGGUCAAUCGUUGAAGUUGCCUGAUGAGUGUGGUCCUACAAUUUCGGACCAUACGAAACAGCACUGUCGCAAUAAACGAUCAAUGAUUACUCCUGAAGCCUGAACUCCUGUGAUUAUUAAUAGUCAAUGCUCUUCAAUUAAAUGAAUUGAGCGCUCUACGGAAUACGUUCUACCCAGAAUCCAAGUAUAUAUAUAUAUAUAUAUAUAUAUAUAUAUAUAUAUAUAUAUAUAUAUAUAUAUAUAUAUAUAUAUAUAUAUAUAUAUAUAUAUAUAUAUAUAUUUUAUACAUACAGUGUAUAUAUACUUUCCCCCAACACAGCAACUUGUACAUAGCACCUCUAUCUGUUGUUCGAUUAGUUUACAGCUUGUUGACUGUUGUUCUUCUUCUGUUUGUUAAAGUAAACUGAAUUACGUAGGGUGGUAAAGCAAUCCAUAAUUCGAGGUAAAACUUUCUCAGUUUGCCGGACCGCUACCGAUGGCUAAGAUUGAUGCACUUACCUGUAAUAAGAAGAACGAAGAACGCAUUUGAAAGUGAGAGGGGACAAAAGUUAGCAGUGCUGGUGGCGUACUCAACUGUUAUAUGAACCCAAGGCCCAUUUUUGUAAAAGAGGGGGUUUCGUGCCCUAGGGCCAUAUGGUGAUGUUCCAUCCUUUAAGCACUGUAUAUGAGUCUUCUUUAGCUCUUAGCUGAGAAAGUACUUCGCUUUUGCUACUAAUUCCUGCUAUAAUUCGACCGCGCAACAGACUUUAUUUUGGAUGAAAUAAUUUAUACGAUGGCAAAUAACAGCAAUAGGUAACAGUUAGUGAUCUGAGCAAUCCCCCGAGGGGGACUGAUGAUAGCCCCUUCUCCACUGAUACCACGUUACCUUGCGGGUAUUCUUAGUUUGCAACCACGUGACAAGGCGACCAUGUGGGGGGUCAGUAAAGAAGAAUUGUCUUCUCGAAGAAUUUACAUGAAAGUAGAGGUUACUUCCCAGAGAAGAGAAAUGCUUUUGUUCUUGACCACCAAGAUAGCCGCUGUGACGUCACCUGCAAAUCAAAAGUAUAAUGGUUCACUUUUCAUUACUUCGGCGGAGCGCGAAGUAAAGGAUUCGCGAUGCUCAGGAAUGUAUCAAAGUUGCCAUUUUUUGACAAGAUUGAGCAAGCAAAGUCUGUAUGUUUUCGGUUCUAUUCGGCUAUUUGACGAAGUGAGAGCCGAAUUAGUUCAAGACAUCUCGAGAUCACUUCGAUUUCUUUUAUUUAUUCUUUAACUUUUUCGAGGAAGAAAGAAUUAUUAUUUUGGCUUUCCCGGGGUUUGAACCGACUCACCUGUGUGACCCGUCAGAUAAGAGGAGACUCUAAGUUGAGGGAUUAGCCGAUUGCGCUACUGCGACUCAAGGUAGUUUGGCAUAUGAAAAAUAGUUAUGAAAUGAUGCACUAGUUUCGGGACAAGAUUGGGCGUGCAAGUUCGUGACUUUUCGGCUUGUUUAAACUAUUUCACGAAAUGAGACCGGACUACUUCGUGAUAUCUUGAGAUCACUUUGAGUUUAGGGUGCGUUUCUUUAAAAAAAUCCAAGAUUGGAUUCUUAAUCCGAGAUCAUGCGGAUUCGUUACUUUUAAAGACACGAAAAAUCCGAAACGACCCCAGCAUGCAGUUCGCGUGUUUUGGGGGGAGUUUUCAAAAUGGCGGAAAGUUUUGGUUUGAUGUUUGAACUGUUCGAAGAAGUCCUUGCCGAUGACCUUGAACAACAACAGGUUCUUUUAGGAGCCGAUGACGAAGCAGUUUUAUUCCUUUUGGCGGCCGGACAGCUCGUCCGAAAAGAACACGUUCGCACAAAGAAUUUUUACGAAAUAACCGUACCUAGUUACAUACCGGAGGACUUCCGAAGUCACUUCCGCAUGUCACGGCAUACAGUUACAGUUCUCGAACAUUUGCUUUCGGUCCACGGCGACUUACCUCAAUACACCGGCGAUAGAGGAAGACCACCGGUCGAGUUAAGAAAGCAAAUCCUUAUUACGCUGUGGAUUCUUGGGAAUCCAGAAUGUUUACGCUCUGUUGCCGAUCGAUUUGAUGUUUGCAGGGCAACUGCGUACAGAGUCUACAGACGAGUUUGCAAAGCAAUAGUGAGGAACUUAAUGGAUGAGUUUAUCAAGUUUCCAACUGGUCUAAAAGCCCAAGCGGUGAUGGAGGCCUUUGAAGAGAAAAAGGGUUUUCCGGGUGUUUUGGGGGCUAUUGAUGGCACCCACAUACCAAUCAAAGCACCACAUAACAAUCAUGAACAAUACAUAAAUCGCAAAGGUUUCUUUUCCGUCCAACUACAAGUCAUUCGGAUACAGGACAUGAGUCCACAGGACCGAGAGGUUAGUCGGCCAAAACAGUUUUUUGUUGUUGUUGUGUCAAAUAAUAAUAUUAGUGUGUGUAACUGAAAUGGUGACAGGUGAAAUUAAAAGAAUUUUGACAAAAUGCAGGUGUAUCACCUUUUUAUGUCAUGGGUGACAAUAACGCUUAUCGUGAGUUUUCACUUGUUCGUAUCGAAAACUCCAAGUACUGAAAAGUUUAAAACAUACAUUAAAUAUUCAAAAUUUUCAGAAUUUUUUACUAAAAUACCCGCUAGAAUCCUUGUUGAUAAAAUGUGUGCUCUUUGGUGUGUUUAGGUACUCCUUAUUGUCUUUAAAUGCUCUGACAUCUUCAUUCGUGCUAUCUUUAAACCUUGACGCCAUCUGAUACAAACGUAACAUUAUCUUAGCAAUUUUGCCGUAAUUUCACAUGCGGAUUCAACGCUGAAAUUUUGCGCAAGAAUUCAGGAGCAAUUUGUCACCCAUGAUUUUAUUACUGGGCUGCCUGUGCGCCCAGUCAUAAAAUGGGCUUUCGGUCGUCGGUGUCAAAAAGUGGUCUCCCGGGGGAGGGAAGACACGAGGGUCUGGUACCGAGAAACGAUGUUCUCACAAAUGGUUUCAUAUGAGUUUCUCUUGCACGAACCCUUGCACGGAUACUUUUUGUACCUCGUCUGCGCUCACCCAGAAAAACCCACAAAGCGUUGCGAACCUGAAGAAGGCUAUUUGCGUUGUUCGAAGCGAUUCGAUCAUGGGAGUCACUUUAUAAUUUUUUUAUUGUUCGAGUUUAAGUCAGUUAGAUGAUGUUGGCGCUGGGAAACUCAGAGAAAUGCUCGCGUUGCAUUCAAACCGACACGCUGUUCACGGUAGGUUCACACUAAAAGAUGACUGUGAGCGUCAGGUUUGGAACGCCGUGGCCGCUUCGUGAACUCAAAGAGAGAAUUAUCGAUCGAUGUAGUACAUGAGCUAUUAAGAAGCACAAUUUAUGAGCAAGGUAUUUCACCAGUUGACGACAGUAUGGCUGAAGACUUGAUUGUAAGCCUUCGUAGUCAGUUAAGCGAACAACUCAGUUGCCGAUGAAUGGCACUACGCACGUCUAUGAGCGAGGGACGUGACAACUUUGCCAUGCUAGAAGACUGGCUUUUCCUUUAAAUAUUUCCUUCUAUUUAAUGCAACACACGCCACUUUGGAGGUCUAAAUUUCGGAUACUGAGGAUAAAGAAGACACGGAGAAAAAUAGGGACUCUGAGAAUUUCGCGCACAAUGCUUCACAGAGAGCGACUUCAGGAAAAUAGGAGCUAUUACUGACAAGGUUUGGUGACUGAGUAGAGCAUACAAGUGUAGCCCACGUCGAGGUUUCAGGGGGUUUGCUUUUGUUUGUAUUUGUAUCUUGCUAAGCUUUUAUCAUUAAAUGUGUACAUGACCUUGUGAUCACAAUUCUGUGUUUUCGCCCAUUCAGCAAGCACGCUGUAUUGAUGUCAGCAUUAGCGAGUUUCAGAAACAUGCCUUUGAAAGUUUUUUAGCUCUCGUGAUGUUUCUUGAUAUUUCUUUUACCAUUUUAUGAAGAUGUUAACUGAAGUCACCGCAAAAUGGAAACUUAAAAAAGCGUAUAAUCCAUUUAUCUCGAAACAUAACACACAUGACUUAUACGACCUUUAUUUUCGUAAAGGUGUUUUGAAUACGAACGAACACAGUCAAUGUGAGGGGCAAAAACAGCAUUAAUAUAAAUGAACCAUAGGGUUUUAACUAAUAUAAGAGUCAAUUAUUGUGCAUUGAGAUGAAUCGCUUGAAAAGAGAGACUUCGCUUGAAGAUGUGAUCAGAAGUAAACAAAGGCAUAAUAGUGCGUCACGUUCAGUCUUUUUAAUAUCCAAGGAGUCACUGUGAAUAGUGUUUCCAUAUUGUUUAGCUGGCACAAAAACUUCGGACGAGUUAUAAAGUGGCAUAGUUAUCUUCCAUGAAGAAAAGUUCGUCUUGGGUGGGACAAACAGAACUGGAGCGAAUUUUUAACUCGCAUCGGUAUCAGGUAAAAAAUAUGUUAUCGAUCGUUUCAUCUAUUUACAUUGUUUGAAGUGCGUGCUGGUGAACGCAACAUGCGAGCGACAAGUCUUUAAACUUUUUUAGGUCUCAAAAUGCAAAGGAUUUUAUUCCUUUAAGUUAGAGAAAAAUACCAUGAGGAAAAUCUUAAAACUGAAUAUUUUUUUUUCUUGUGGAAAAAAUAGUGCGUUUUCUUGUAGACUGUGGACCGCAAAUUAGGAUCGCACUUUUCACAAACAUGCGAAUUCCGAAGUUCAGAAGCCAACCGACGAUUGCGUUUUUCGCUGCUGUCAAUCAUCUUAACGGACCUCUUAGGAAACAAAACUCUACUUCACGGGUUCAAAAGGUCAUGGUUUGUGAUUUGUGGAUUUCGAUCCGUUUUGUGUGGGCGCGAUCCAUUCAACCAAAAUUCAGACCGGUCCGACCGGGAAAAGAGGACCACCUCAAAAGGUGGACCUGUUUUUUCGAAACUUUCCCGGUUCGACCGAACCGAUCCAUUGUGUUUUGGACCGAAAUUUCCGGAAAUUUUGGUUGAAUGGAUCGCGCCCUGUGUUUCUCUGUUUCAAGAUUCGUUGCUUUUGAUCGUAAUUAUGAUUGACGGCAGCGAUAAACACAAUUGUGAAGGUGGCUUUUGAACUUUAGAGUUCGCAUGUUUGUGAAAAGCGCAGUAAAGUCUCCGUGCAGUCAGUGAGGCCCCUGGAUCAGGCGGGAUCAAUGGGCAGUUAACUGUCUGUUUUAGUAUACUUCUGGUUUUCAUAUAAUACAAUAUUUCUGUCUAGUGUAAAUCAGCUCAUUAUACUCGUAGAACGACAACAAUUUUUGGAAUUUCCAGUUACGUCACGUUAUACUGUCACGCUAUAUUUUGGGGCACAGAGGGAUUAGGGGAGGGGUAUGUGGAAAUAAUGCAAAUUGUUUCCUGCUUAGAAUUAAUGGCUAACUUGUCUAUUUUUAUUCAUAGUGGUGGAAUUUAAAAGUUAUUACACAGCCCCCACUUAAAAAUGGUACUCUUUUUUGGGGGUUACGAAAGUCUUUCAAAAGGGUACAAUGUUUUGAAUGAGUUUAUGUUUCAGUCUCAGAUGAGGUUCUGUCGCAUGCAAUGGUUGCCGACAAGGUUUUAUGGUAGCCUGAGUGUGUAUAGCCCCCGGGGGGGUACUGCCAUAUAUGGGCUAUAUGGGUAUGUGCCGCUGUGAAGGGUAUGGUUUUCAAGCAGUUUACUCUAGGAUAGGUUAUAUAAAUCAGAGCGUUUGGGUCUAGAAUAGGGUAUCAUUUUUCAGGAAACUGAUCAGUUGGUUGAAGAUUUUAUCUAGACUGGGGAAACAGCUACUCUAGGAUAGGGGGAUUUUGAAAGUUUACUCUAGUAUAGGGUAGCAAAAUUCAGCUGAACUAGCUCUGGUAUAGGUCAAGGGUUCCAGGGUCCCAGCGGCACAUCCCCACCCAGAAAUUCCUAAAGUGCCCCCGGGGUAUAGCCGCCCCCUCCCCUCAGAAAAAAUAGCUCCUUGGCAGCCCAGUUAAAAAUCGCCUUUCGGCGAUUCUUGUUUUCACUAUCAUACGCUUGUUCCCUUUUCAGGUUUUUAAUUUUGACGUGGAAAAAAAUUGAGUGGGAAAACUAUCUUAAGCGGUUUACCAUCGGCCUUAAGACAUUUUUGUUGAAAGAAGAUCUGGCUAAUCUUCCAGUGGCACAUAGUCGCAUCCGCAAAUAAGUGGUCAAAUAACUGUUACCUUUCGUUUUGCAAGCGAGUGGUUCCAGAAAGUAUGCAUUCAUUCUUACUUUCUGUAUAGGGCCAGUAAAGGUGGAUUUCUACCGUCGCGUAAUUUUUACGUGCGUACAUGUUACGCGCGUAAAUAAGAUAGAGGCAAUGUACGGAAUGUCCCGCGUAAACGUAAGAGUUGAUCUUCGCUCAAGUUUACACUCGGUUUUUCAUACAUUGCCUUUAUUUUAUUUACGCACGUAAAAUUACGCGACAAUGGAAAUCCCCUCUUAUUCUAGAUAUAGCGCGUACUCAUAACGGCUUAUCUGAUCACGACUUUCAUUAAAUCCAGAAACAUUCAUCCCCUUUGCUGGCUAAACGAUAGUGACGUCAGAUGUUGCUUGCAUGAUUGAUCUGACAAAAACGUGAUCUAAUCUGCGCAUAAAGUCAAGAACUGCUUAUAUGAGCAAAGAGCACUCUUUUACUAAAGCACUUUUCCUAUGUUGUUUUCCAGACUGCGUAACAUUCGUUGGACGAUGUACUUUUGUUUGUUUCUGUUCGUUUCGUGGCUCAUAAUUAAAAGGUUCCCAGCCGCACAGACCGCUUGGACCCAGUGCUUAUCUGGUGUCCACAAGCUGGCCCGGGCCCUGGAGCCAUUCAAGCUGUCUAACUAGAAGCCUUGACUUUCUAGGUCCUCCCAGGGGUGGGCUCCAAAAGGUCCGGUGUGGUAUUAAACACGAAACUAUUUUAUGUAAGUAAUGAAAACAGAGAUAAAUUUCGUGGCACAUCAAGGAGUUCCCAGCUGUACAGACCGUUUGGUCCCGGUGCAUAUUUGUUGUGCCUAGGCUGGCCCUCGCCCUUGAGCCGUUAAUGGUGUCCAACUAGAGGCCAUUUGCCACGAACUAUCAAGGUCCUUUCAGGGGUGAAAAGAGUGAUAUUGGUCAGAAUUUGAAAAGCAGUAAUCAUAAAUUACUUUAGAAAGUUAAUUAAGAAAACUAUCAGCAAAUCUCAUGAUGAAUAAGAAAUGGAAAGUAGGUUUAGGUUGAUCAGUUAUAGUAGUUUGUCAGAUUGUUUAUUUAUCGUUGUAAAAACACUAAAAUCAUUCAUACCAAGAGAUCAUAAUUGGACCAAUCAUAAUCUGUUGUUUAUACUCUGAACGUGGAAGCAUGCUUAUGAUGAUUGCCCUUAGAAUACAAGGAUAAUUUAGCUUGAAAAGUAGGGAUAACAAAGAAUUCAGGUUACUGUAUGUCUUGACAUUGAACAUUUGGGAAGUUUGCAGUGGUGUACUCGCAACAUUCAAAUCGGUAUUUUUAAUAACUGAAUGAAAAGAAAUAUGUUGUAAUCAUAAAAAAAUGAAUAAUUAUUAAGUGAUAUGUCCUUGGGAUUUCCUUACUAGUUAGAAAAUUGAAAAAAAUAGCAAAUUAAUGGAACGAAAAGGUAAAGAACAUUUCUUUAUUUGCUUAUUGCAAACUUUCAUGACUGAUUCUCUGCUUAUUUGCCCGUCGAUUUUAAGUCUUAGCCCUUUGGGUAACCAGCAUGUAACUUAAAAUAUCCCUUCUUAAUGUAAUGUAAAGGUUAUGAGGACAAAGGAUGAUAUCCAAAGUAAAAAAGGUCUUGGUCGUUUAAAAAAAGAGAGAAAAAUUUUCGUAGAAAGUUUAUUGAACACAGUUUGGUGUUAGUGCAUGCCGCGAUAAGGGUUUAUACGAUUACGGGGCAAAUUAACAUUAGUUUAAGCUUUUGUAUGUCUUUAGUUUAUACGAUAUCCUUUUACCCACCGUACUAUUAUUCCGCAUUAUAUGAUCAUAUCAUUUCAUAGGAUAGUAACUUUAAUAUAUAAACACCAAAAAAGUAGACCGUUCUGCAUAGAAGAAAAUUUCUUGUAAGAAGACAAUUGCGGUCAUCAUUGCUUAAGAUUAGGUUAACAAAUAAUAAACAUGUAAACGGCAGAAUUGUAAUUCUGGUGAGUGAAUGAUGGUUUUAGGUUUUUUAUGUUUGUUUGUUUCUUCGUUUGGUCUGUUUGUUUGUUUUUUCAUCAAAUUGCUCGCUUUUGUUAUAGACGCGCACUUCCUCGGAGAAUACCGAAAAUAGCCAAAUAGGAAUUAAUUAGGCCUACCACAGGUAACCCAAGCUCGAAAUAUGAGCAUCGGCGAGCAUUGGCAUUGUUGCAUAGCAUUCUGUAUCAGGAAUUAUAUGGGGAAAAAACCUAUCGUUUCUGUAGCCUACGAAGAUGAAAGGAUUUCAAUAAAAAACAGCUUACCUUACAUAAAAUGUGUGUUACAUCUCUCCUGUGUGGUCCAUGGGCCAAUUUAUGGCCGUUUUAGGGGUUGCACUGUAAACGGAUUUCUCUAUAUAUUUGUAAACCGUAUACAGUACAACCCAUAAAACGGCCAUAAAUCGGCCCAUGGACCACACAGGAGAGAUGUAACACACAUUUUAUGUGAAGUAAGCUGUUUGUUUAUUGAAGUCCUUUCAUUUUCGUAGGUUUCAGAAACGAUAGGUUUUUCCCCAUACAAAUCCUUAUUUUAGGCUGAUUUAGCAACAGGACGGAAAAGCGCACGGAAAGGACUAAACACGACUUCCGGUGCUCAGUUUGUCGCUCUGCCAUUGGUCAAGCCAGCUGUUUGAUUUGCGCGCGCCGUCGUCAACUGACGUUCCCGUUCUGUUGCUAAAUCAGCCUAGUAGGGAGUUUAAGAUACCACGACGGCGACGGCCGCGAAAACGUCGCUUAAAUGGUGAAUUUGCGUUCUUUUAAUCUCUAUUGUGAUUACUCGAACGCGUUUACUUUGUCGAAUGCAAGCGAACUCUUUUUGAGUCUAAUUCCUAAGAAUCCUAUUC